AUUCGAUUCGAUUCGGAUGAUAGCAAGCUAAAACUGCUCGUAGCUAGCUAGCUACCGGUAGCUAGAAAGACCCAUAAGCCAACUCAAUCAUAUAUCAAUCUGAUUGUUGAUCAUGUCUUCUGAUAAUACUGCCACUGCUACUAACGAUAAUGAUAAAGGUACUACUACUAGUAGUACCGACUCACCCCUUCUGUUUGCGGAUGACUUGGUUUGGAGUGGCCAGAUACUAUCGUUUGUUGGCGUUGGACAGUAUGCUUUUAUAGGAGCUGUGAACAAGAAGAUGAAUCGACUCUACAAAGAGUACUGCAAAAUUGAACUAAAGAAUAAUCCAAAAAAGAUAAAAGAUGACGUGGAGUCGGAGGACAGUCGCUCUGCAGAAAUCACUGAUACUCGUUGCAGCGAAACAUUCUGCAAUGUGCCGCGUGCAGAGUACUGGCUCAAGGACAAUUCCACCAACAAAAAACCUAUUCAUGAUCAUGUUUGUGAUGCAAUUGCCACGGUUGGCAAUCCCGCUGUCAUGCAGUGGGCGCGCCAACAAGGAUUCCUAUAUUGUUCAUUUACAUGUGCUAAAGCUGCUCAACAUGGACAUUUGGAAAUGCUCCAAUGGCUGCAUGCAAAUGGGUGCCCAUGGGAUGAGUGGACAUGUGCUCGUGCUGCUGAAGGUGGCCACUUGGAAAUUCUAAAGUGGGCUCGUGCAAAUGGUUGUCCAUGGGAUGCAGGGACAUGUACACGUGCUGCUCGAUAUGGACAUUUGAAAAUUGUAAAGUGGGCUCGUGAAAAUGGCUGUCCAUGGGAUGAGUAUACAUGUACACGUGCUGCUACAGGUGGACAUUUGGAGGUUUUGAAGUGGUUACGAGAGAAUGGUUGUCCCUGGGAUGCAGGGACAUGUACCCAUGCUGCUGGAUAUGGGCAUUUGGAAAUUUUGAAGUGGGCUCGUGAAAAUGGUUGUCCAUGGGGUGAGCAGACAUUUAGUGUUGCCAGCAAAAGAGACGUGAUCCAGUGGCUACGUGACAAUGGCUGCCCUGGGUCCUCUUGAUGAUGAAGACUAUGAUUCUCUCUCCCAGUGGCCUCUUGGUUAGCUAGGAGAUUCUAGGAUUCUAGGUGAAGAUUGAUUGGUUGCGUUACAAAGUCGGCUCUUCAUGGUCCACUACAUUGGGCCGUUUUACCCACCCAUCUUCCUGCCUUGGUGGCUGAGUAGGAUUGCAAUUUGGCAAUUGUUUCGGAGACCAGCUGGAGAGGAGUUGCAGCAAACCAACUAACCUAGCUAGAGCAUUUCGGUCUGAAGCAAUACUAAAUUGUUCGUUUAUUAAAAUAAUGUGAUCAUUUCAUAGCUU